UGGUCAGAUUCUCCCCUUUUCUUUCCCCCUCAGAAAUUAAUUGUUCCACUCCGCAAAGGCAGAUGUGAAUGUUUUCUGGAGUAAUCUGGGGGAUGCGUCUGAGGGAGAGAUGCAGAGCAGAGAAUUCUGACAUGGUGCCGACCCAAAUUGACGAGGAAAGAGUGGACUGUUCAGUGGCGGCAGACACGUCUCCAGCCAGACACAGGUAUUCUCUACUCGACACUAAGAUCAGUCCGGAUCUUGAUCCAUGCUAAUUUAAGCUUUCAUCAAUAUCGUGCUCUGAUCAUGUAUUUUGUGCAUUGGUAACAUUAAAUAGUCGUUUGAUUUGUAACCCAACUCCAAUAUUUGGACAUCUCCUUUCAUUGCAAAAUCAACAUUGGCAGCCAGUAAAUUGCUUUGUGAGGGAAAACUGUGUGAUGCCGUGGAGAAAUAUCCACGAUCAGAUUCAAUGGACGUAAACAUUUCUAAAAAAUGUACUAAUACAAUAAGUAAUAUACCAGGAGAGUGUAUGUGUAAGAAAUAACCCAGCCAAUCUAUAUGUUUGUUUACGUACGUGUUGAAUAUGAAAUGCGUCAUUACCAGUGCUCUUGAUUUAGAGCAACAGGAUGAACUGAAAGCCAUAAGACAAACUACUGACCUAUUAUAAGCCAUAACCAUCUUAGACAACAUCCUGUUCAAAACGUAACCACUGUGCUUUCUAAUGACAAGAAUCCUGUGCUUCUGUUGUCAGCGUGUCCAGUCGCACACUUACUGUGAGGAACGAAAAGAGUAUGUAGGUUUGUCUAAAGAGAAACUACAGGAGGAGGAGGAUACAGACUUAUUUUGCCUGUCAGAGACUCAAAAGAAGGGCAUCAGGGCCAACAGCAGACAUGUAAGUGCUUCCUAAAUCAAAGCGAGAGAGGAGGGGGUCCAUCCGCUGUCAAGAGACACAAAAGGGGACAAAGACACAGCCUGAGUGGAAGUGAAGCCACAGUCGACCUGAUUAUUGUUGUUACUAAAACUGAGUGCUUUACCUACCUGGACAACACAGGCGCGACCUGCGUCAGAGGUGGAAAACAGACCAUAACCUCUACUAAAGUAGAGGGAGCAAUAGAUUCCGAGCAGAGAGGAGGACAGGGGUUUCCCUGUCUUCUUCUUUCGCCUUCCCGUCGUCAGCAUGGCGGACACAGCAAUGGCAUUCACCUUUGCGGCCUUCUGCUACAUGCUCACCUUGGUGCUGUGCGCCUCUCUCAUCUUCUUUGUCAUAUGGCAGAUCAUCGCUUUUGAUGAGCUGCGCACAGACUUCAAAAACCCCAUUGAUCAGAGCAAUCCCACCAGAGCGAGGGAACGGAUUCUCAACAUCGAAAGAAUCUGCAACCUGCUUCGCAGAUUGGUGGUCCCGGAGUACUCCAUCCACGGACUCUUCUGUCUGAUGUUCAUGUGUGCUGGAGAGUGGGUCACACUCGGCCUGAAUAUCCCACUGCUCUUCUACCAUCUGUGGAGGUUUUUACACCGGCCAGCCGACGGGUCAGAGGUCAUGUACGAUCCGGUCAGUGUGAUGAACGCCGACAUCCUCAACUACUGCCAGAAGGAGUCGUGGUGUAAGCUGGGCUUUUAUCUGCUCUCUUUCUUCUAUUAUCUCUAUAGUAUGGUCUAUGCCUUGGUGAGCUUUUAACUCACAGGAGAUCUGGAGAGAGAAAAAAGGGAAAUAUCUAUAAGAAAGACUGAGAAGAAUGAACUGGAGACUUCAACUCUUCCUCUCUCCAUGUUCCCAUCCCUGGCUUGGGUUUCCAACAGUCAAAACAAGGACCAUCCUAGACCAACCCGAGUGAUAAUGUGAAUGUAAAGGUGUCGCCUCCACUCGAUUAUGUCGCUUUAUCCCAGAUACUGCUGUCGGUCAGCCAGACGAAGUUUUGGAGAAUGGGAGGGGAAUCAGGAUGAGGACGCAGAAGGUGUUUUUGUUGCCUUUGACCCAUUAUACGAUUUUGACAAUAUGAAGGGCUGGAGUUUUUUUUCCCCAUGCUGCUCUUACUGCUACAGUCGCUCAACUCACUGUGAAUCUCCAAACACUUUGGAAAAAGAAAUAAUCCAUGUGCAUUUUGAGAGUUUGAAAAGCAGGACUGUGUUGGUGUCAUUCCAUGUGUAAAAUAACUGCUUAAGGUUGUGUAACAGGUUAAUAACACUGUAAGAAACAGGCUGAAUAGGGCAGGAGACCUUGGACACGUUGUAGGAAACGCAGGAGGCCUUGCAGCGAAAUAACACUUUUAACCAGGAUGAAAAUAAAGCAUUGGCCUAGGCAUAACCUUGAUGAUAACCUCCACCAAAUGUUGAAUUCCACAUUGUAACUAAAGCAUCAAAGAAAUAAUCAUAGGUUUGACUGUAAGGGUCAAUGCUUUGUGGUGUGUAUUUAAACAAGUUCUAGUCCAUAGCUGUGAGGGCCUAUUAUUCCAGGUUCAUGCUUUCUGAGGAGCUUCAGGCUCAGGCAUAUAACAUCAAAAAAGUUUAUAUCUAAAAAAACAUUGUGCCAAAUUAAAAAAAUAAGUAAAUUUGCCCAAGUGAAAAGAAAAAUGAUGAGAAUCUGUAUCUACCUGCUGUGUUGUUACUGCCAGGCCAUGACUUUUAUUAUUUCACUCGGAAACACACGUAAGAUCUUGGCGCAAUGUUUUUUACUUAAAGUAGAAACUUAGUUCUGUCGUAAAUCUUUUCGUAUGUGUGCAGGGAGCGCCUUAUUCCUAUUUCCUAUUCCUAGUGACGUUUACUCCUAAUCAUCUGCAUCUAUACUAUAAUCAUUUUAGCACAGCAGCUCUUCUCUAAAAUGAGGUAGAUAAUAGAAAAUAUCAUGUACAAAAAGCAAUUUCAAAACAGCAAACUAGCAAUGUAAUAGGAUUCAUGAGACAUGUCGAUGCAGUUUUAUUCAGUGUGUGUAAUGAUAGUGUGUGGGACGCCAGUGACACAAGAGACAACAAUGACUCUAUGACAGCGUCUCACUUAUUUAAGAAGUGUAAAGACAGUGAAGUCGCUUCAAAACAUCUACAAUCAUGUAAUCAAGGUUUUAAGGGACGUUUUAAUGUUUUGCUGAUGACUACGAUUUGUAAACAGCGAAGCCUAUUCUCAGCUGGUGCCACCUUCGCCAUCAUGUGUUCAUACUUUUGAUCUAAUUGUCAAUAAGUGAAGGUCCACUCACUGCCCUACUGAAGUAAUUGAUUAUGUCAAAUAACGUCAGGAUUAUGUCUUAAGUUCACACCCUGAUAUGAGCAUCUGUUCUUUCGGAAGCUAAUGUAACUUCACCAUGAGUAAAUAGUGGAUUUCUUGGGAACUAUACUCAGCAUUCGUAAUGAAACGUAUUUCCAACAGCAGGACAGUUAAUGUGUGAUUAAAGAAACUACAGUACCCUGGUUCAUCAUAAUGAAUUGAUCACGACAGCCAGUUCAAUACCGUGGCUCUUCAAGCUUCUUUUAAUACUUGGCUUUAUCAACAGACACAACAGGAAUAAAUCAUCGCUGGUUCUGGACGUCUUGUGGAAUGUGUUGACAAUUUAAAAAAUGUGGAAUAUCAACAGACUUGUCCUCUAAAUAUGUUCACUGUGAUGCACAUGACACUAGAAUGGCACUCAGUGGAGCGCAGACCUCCGCCAAGGCCCACAGAGGAAACUCUUCCCACAUAUCUGGAUAUUAAGGAUGCCAAGUUCUUCCAGAUAUAUCCUCAUUAUCUCAGCUACACAUUGGUAGUAGUUUGUAUUUUGUACAAAACAGCGGCUGAGAAUAGAUUACCCUCACCAAUAAAAACAUAUAUAUAUAUAUUUCACUUUAAUCUGGUAAUCUGGAUUUUUGUUCUGAUCUGCAACAAGUUGUAAACAGUCAUAGAUAUUCACCUCCUAAAUAUGCCUGAGAAAAUGGCAAAAUAAAGAUCACUUUGUUAACAAGAAUGGCACUUAGAGCGCAUACCUCCACCAAGACCCAACCCAUAAGUUGAAUUAACCAUCAACAUCUCGCAAUGACAAAGAGUUCCUGAAUUCCUGGAUGGCGUCUUCCUUUACUCAUAGCACAUCCUUCCACCAAGUUUCAUGAUAAUCCAUCCAGUGUUUUUUGUCACAAACAACCAAACAAACCAAUGGACUGGCGAGAAAAAAUAACCUCCUUAGCUCCUUAGCUCUGUAUUUACUAAUUGUUAAGGUACCUUUCAUUUGGUUUACCUUUCAGGAAUUUUCUUGACAUUUACUGAAUUAAAAUGUAGUGUUAUCGUUUCCCUGUGGAGCUUUUUCAAGUUGAAGUCAUAUUUAAACCUUAAAUCCCAUUUGUCAGCGUCGGAGUCUCUCGGCUGAAGCGACCUCAGUAGUUCGACAGUGCUCAUGAAGACAAAGUAGACAGUGUGUGUUGUGCCAAAUGAUGUUCCCAUGAAAUUAAUCACAGGACACAAACAAACUCUGCCAACAGUGUGAGCGUGUGUGAGUCUGGACAAUCAGUAUUAAAGCACAGGAACACGAGGGAAGGGGGAGACACGCAGCUCAGUUGAAUGUCAUCACAUACUCGCUCUGAACAAAGCAUUUUAGACAACUGCAUUUAAGAAUAUCUAUUUGUAUCUGUCUUUUAUACAUUUAUCAUUAAUGUACGCUACAGUCAAUUUGGUGGAUUACUUUCUAUUUAUUAGGUUACACUACACUGUACAGCGAUUCACAUGCUGUGUUCUAAUAAAACA